CAGUAAGAAAAAGAGAAUCACCAAAGCUGACCGGUUGAAGCAGCUACAAGAGGAGGAGGAGAAACGACAAAAGGAGGAAGGUAUAAAACACACAGUGAUAACUAUUGUCAUAUGCAGCAGUAUUUACAGUAGCCAAGACAUGGAAGCAACCUAAGUGUUCAUCGACAGAUGAAUGGAUAAAGAAGAUGUGGCACAUAUAUACAAUGGAAUGUUACUCAGCCAUAAAAAGAAACGAAAUUGAGCUAUUUGUAGUGAAGUGGAUGGACCUAGAGUCUGUCAUACAGAGUGAAAGGAAGCCCGUGUGAAAUAUGAAAAAGAAGAAAUGGAAAGACUUGACAUACAACGAACUGAGAAAGAAAAAUUGCGAAAACUUGAAGCAAAAGAUCUAGAAAGAAGAAAUGAAGAGCUUGAAGAACUUUAUUUAUUAGAGGCAUGUUUUCCUGAAGCAGAGAAAUUGAAACGAGAUAGUAGAUUGCUUUCUCAGUGGAAACACUACAUUCAAUGUGAUGGCAGUCCUGAUCCUUCAAUAUCCCAAGAAAUUAAUACUUUUAUUAGCUUGUGGAAAGAGGAAACCAAUGAGACUUUUGAGGCAGUGACUGCGAAGAGUAAACUAGUGCUAAAUUUAAUUGAGAAAUUGAAGUUAAUUUUAUUGGAAACUCCAUCAUAUGAUUUGCAAGAGAAAAAUAUAAUACAGUACCAAGGAUCAAUUCUAGAACUGCAGGAGCUCCUUCAUCUUAAGUUUAACAUAGCCACAGAAAUACUUCUCAGACAAGCUAGUACUUUAGCAGAUCUGGACAGUGGAAACAUGGAAAAAGUCAUUCGAGAUGAAAAUGUUACUCUAUAUGUAUGGGCAAACCUCAAGAAAAAUCCAAGGUACAGAAGUAUCAGAUUCUCUGAGACACAAAUUGGAUUUGAAAUUCCAAGGAUAUUAGCAACAUCUGACAUUGCUCUACGACUCCUACAUACUCACUAUGAUCAUGUCACGCCAUUAGGCCCUGUUCCAACAGCACCACAAGAACACACGUCCACGGUAACUUACUUUGGCAAAGAUGAAGUUAAGAGUGUAGAAGCAGCAGUCAGCAAAGAUCUCCAAGAAGAGUAUAAUGAACAAGAAAAUGAGUCUAACGCAGUUCACGAGGAAGAAACAAAAGUUGACGAACAAGGUGGUAUUGAAGGACAAACGAGUUCUGUCCAGGAAGAACCUGAAGCCACAAAAUAUGAACUGGAGAUGAAAUUAUUAAGUGAAACAGUUUCAGCAGCGCAGUUGUUGCUGUUAGAGAAUGCCCCUGAAAAGCCAUAUUUCUCUGAAGAAAAUGAGGUUGAUUUAUGCCAAUUCACAGCUCUGGGUGGAGUGCACCACUUGGAUAUUUUGGAGCUUCCUCCACAGUGUAAACCAAGGAAGGGCUGGAUGAUUGUGGAAAUACUCAAAGAAGGAUUACAGAAAUAUACAUAUCCUCCAGAAACUGCAGAAGACUUUGAAACAGAAAACGCUUUCCCACCCAUAGAGGUCAUGCUUGAGGUUCAUGAGAACGUAAUCUUUUUUGAGAAUCCUGUGGUUGCAAGGUGGGAUGCUGAAGGUAAACACUGGAAAACUGAUGGCAUCAGCAAUGUAUCUUACAAAUCGGAAGACAGACUUAUAACAUUCAGCCUGGAAACUUUGGGCCCUGUUACCUUGAUUCAAGAUGCUCAUGUUAAUAUGCCAUACCAGUCAUGGGAGCUAAGACCACUUGAUGUGAAUAAAGUACUUCUGACUGUGACUACAGUAUUUACUGAGAUUCAAAUACAAAUUAAGGAAAACCUCUGCAUGUUAGCGUCAAUCAAACUAAAUGACAAAAAGCAUUCCUCUAUUUUGGAAGAAAAGUGGAUGACUCCUGUUUCUUUCAUUAUUGCUUUGAAAGAAGCUGGACUGAAUAUCUUCCCUACUGGACACUCUCACUUUUAUGUUGUCAUAAACUAUAAGCUUCCUUUGGUAGAAGUGAAAGCUUAUCGACAAAUGGCCCUGCUAAGUUCUGCUUUUGCGUUUGGUUGGAGCAAGUGGAAUACAGUAUGUGAUUCUAAAAAAGUUGUAUUUCAGGUGAGGGAACACCUUCCUAAAGAAGAACCCAUUCAAAAUCCUAAUUGGACCCUUUUAAUGUUUAGUGGUGAUAGGGCACAAAGUCUCAAAAUCAAUGAAUACAGUGAUGCAUUCUCUGAAGCCCUUAAAGAAGAAACUGAGUUUCAUUCUACUUUAUAUCACAUGGUUAAGGAUUUUGCUUCUAAAGAAGCAAUGAAGAAAGUUAGGUGUUCCAACUGCCAGUUUGUUGACUCUGUAUGCCACAUGCUACUCUCAACUAGAUUACUCAGCUAUUCUUAAUCCCCACUGAUAAAUUUUAUUCAGUAUGAAGAAUGAAGCAACUUGGAGAAAAAUCCGGUAUUUCUACAAUAAAGUGUAAUGAGUGAAUAUAUGUCAAAUAGGCUGUUAAAGUGAUCUAAUCAGCAUUUUAUACUCAAAUUUUAUUUUCUAAGAAUUAGGGUUUUUUUCCUUAUGCAUACGUGACCUACUGAGACUUCCAACGUUCACUGUAUGAAAAUUUGAAUGGUUCUUUAUUUCAAUAAAUUUUAACAAACAAUAAUAUCUCCUCCUCAAAAAGCUCAUUAAAAAAUCAUAUAGGCGGGCUUCCUCCUCAUUGUAGUUUAGUUAGGAAGGUAAUCACAAAAAGAGGGAAUAUAAAAUAUCUUACAGUCAUUCUGAGAACCUCUGGUUCCAUGCUAUAAUUUCCCAGCUAAAAGUUACUAAUUUACAAAGUUCAGAUACUGAAACUUUAAAAAUCAAGAUUAGCAUUAGCACAUUAGGAUGUGCUGCAGUCACACUGGCGGUGGCCCAUUGUGUUGGAGUCUGGUAAAUGGCCACAAGAUAUGUUCUAGAGACGUCCAGGAGUCCCCAUCCUGUGUGGGAGCAGCAGCCACAGACUUCUGGAAAAAUCGGCCUGUGAAGAAGCUCAUCAAUGCCGCAAAUAGUACAAUGAAUGCGACAGAAAGCCAGAGUGCCUUAUUGGCCUCUCUGAUGGAAGUCUUGAGAUUUGUUGCCCAGGAAGCUAUUGUGUUAUAACUACAAGGAAAACACAAAAUCAGCAUGUGGUAAUCACAAUAAUCUGUUAUUAGAAACAGUCCUUUUGUCAACAAUAAUCAAGUCAUGCAUCUGCCCUGCAUAAUUCCACCAACACCUCCUCAUAAUAAGCUACAUAAGUAUGAUCUAGCCUCUUGGCUUUGGCCACAAUCUGCUCCCCCAACCCCUUAUAAUUUUUAGAAUUAAAGAAAUGAUGUGCUAAGGUAAGAAUCUGAAAAUUAUGUGAUUUAGGCAUUAUUUAACUCCUAACAAGUACAUUUGAGUAUUAAGUUCAUUUUUUCAAUCAGGUAAGGCAAUUUAUAUUCCUGGGGUAGAAAAAAUAAUGUUAUUUAUUGGGUAGAGCAGGAUAUAUGUACUUAUAAACAUGUCACUUAUUUCUCACCAUACCCUGGACUUUUGCUGUACUGAAAUGCUAAAAUUCCUUUUAGAAACACCCACCAAAAAAGCUUAUUACAGCAUCAUAUAAGUCUUUGAAAAUAGUUAACUAUGUGUUUUACACGUGCUAAUUCAUUUACUCAUGACAGCAAAUCAAUGACAUAGGUACUAUUAUCAUCUCUAUUUUAUAGAUGAAGAAAUCAGUGCUCAAAAAUGGAUGAACUUGCCCGGGUCACACAGCUAGUCAGAGAGCUAAUUCAAGCCUGGGCCAUCUGGUUCCAAGGCCAAGUUCUUAACACUGUGAACUCACCUGCCUCUUGUAGUUCAUAGGUUCAGGGAUAAUUGUUAUACACCAUAUGGAGUUUGUUAUUCAUCUUAAAUUUAACAUUUUGAAAGGUCUUUUAGUAAAGUAAUUUGAUUAAUACUGCUAACCCUGCCUUACCUUUCCCCAUUCCUCCAAAAUGGUAUCAUUUAGCAAGUAGACAACUUACAUUGAAAAGACAUCCCAUUUUGAUGGAUUAUUUUUCUUUUCAGAAAGACUUGGCUUUCUUGUCCUUUCUACUGUUU